AUGGCAACAUCGAUCAUUCAUCACGUUGACUUGAAAAGUGAUCUGUCGAAUUCACGCUACACUGAUAUAAAAGAAGAGCCUAUCGACAAACUCUUGAUGCCAAUUGACGGUUAUCAAGAUGAGCCAUUGGUGCCGUUAGAAGAGUCAGUUUCUCCAGUGACUCACCUGNACCAACGCCCAAACGGGCGCCCGUCCCGAACGAGUGAAUACAUGUUGGCACUGGAACGCGUAUUUCUACGUACAAUCUGCGCCAAGAACGACAAGAAGUGUCCCGGUAUCGAACGAAUGAACACAUUGUUUUUACGAAUUUCGAACGCGUUUAUACGCGUAUUUUGGAAGGUCUUGUCUGUCUGGGUUCCGAAGAAACAUGCUCAAAAUGUUCUACUCACCGUUCACGAUCGACCUAUACUACAUUCAGUUUAUAUUUUCGAAGACAAUUCUUAUCAAGAGCAAUUUCACGACAGCUAUCCUAAAAUAGUCGGUAUAUACAAAGAUCUAAAGCAACUAACCAAUGAUUUAUGUACUGAAAUAUAUGAUGGUAUUCAAAAUGCAUGCUUACCAAUGACGAUUUUCAAACGAAAAUACGAAGAAGAUCGUUCAUUCAAUGGCCUGAAUAAAUUUGCUUAUUUCGUUGACUUUUGGCAUCCAUUAUUUGUUGAUUUAUUAUUUGACCUACCCCAACUGGAUUACGAACGAGAAAAAUCGAAAUUUAUCGAGCAGUGUCGAAUCUACUAUCGAGCAAACGAAACUAUGUUGCUUCAUAUCGAUGAGUUCGAGCGCACGUAUGAAGCACAAUUUGCUGUUCAAUGGUAUAAACGAAAUUCAUUUAUCUACCGGCUACUAAAUCGAGUUAUGCGUCAGGAAAACCUUCGAGGAAUCCUCGCUAUUCGUUUCUUUAUUCUGGACAUAUGUAAACAACUGCAUGAAAUCUAUCAAAAUUACACUGAAGCUGUUUAUCUCGAUAAUUCAUCAUUCGUUGUGUAUCGAGGUAUAAAACUGGCUAAGAAUGAUUUUGUUAACAUGAAGAAAGACUUGAGUCCCAGCACAAUUCUCUCGAUCAAUACUUUGUUUUCCACAAGUCAGACGUUAGAAGUUGCAUUAGUUUACGCAGGUGCAAUAGAUUCGAAGAGCAAAACUGAAAUUAUCAGUUCGACGACGGCAUCUAUUCUGUUCGAAAUCACAAUCAACAUUAAUCAUCAGAUGUCAAUCGAACGAAAGCCAUAUGCGAACAUAAGUUUCGAAAGGGAUGAAGGGGAAUUAAAAUACAGAGAUGAAUGCGAAGUUUUAUGCAUGGUUGGAUCAUUUCUACGUGUUGAUGAGAUACAAGAGGAUUAUGUAGCAAUGAACGCGAAGGUCACUUUGAUAAAACUGACGUUAAUCAAUGAAAAUGAUUCGACUAUUCCGAUUAUGAAGGAUUAUCAAAUUUUAAAAUCAACGGAGACGAUCGAAGGAAAGAUUAUCCGAAUCGGAAAUUUACUCAUCGAUCGUUCAUUAGCGAUGUGUUCUCCACGGUCCAAAGCCGAGUCAUUUUACAGGACUUUAACUAACGAAUUCAAUUCAAUGUAUCUCUCCUCAUGUUUAACAGGCCAGGCUUGGAUUGCAUUCAAGAGAGAACAGUUCGAUCUCGCGAUCUCGCUUGUAUCGGAAGCUCUGUCGAAAGGCGAUCAAUCGAAUGCUGAAUGGAAAAUCACCACACUCAAUUGUAUAGGCGGUGUUUACUUCAAGCAAAAAAGAUAUAUCGAAGCAUUGAAGUACUAUAAACAAGCUUACCAUAUCUCCGAAGUAACAGACGAAAAGAUUGCUAAUAACAGCUAUCAUGGACCUUGCAUUCCUAUCGAUAAAUUCGCUAUGUAUGAUAAUUAUCGGAACAUUUCCUCGAUAAAUAUUGCGCGCAUCUACCAAUGCAAAGGCGAAUCUGAUCAAGCAUGGAAAAUGUACAAAGAAAUAGUUGAUAGUGAAAUGCGUGACGCCAGCGAUUUUCAUUGUCACACUUGUAUGACAAUUGCCGAGUCGGGAACACAUGUGAGUAAUCCAUCUCGUGAGGAACGUUAUCAAAUAUGGAGAAAUUGGAAGAAUUUUCUUGAUCUUGGUCUAGAUGAUAUGUUGAAGUAUCGUACAUCGAUCAUUACAGGAUAUUUCUCGUUUAAUCAUCAAUAUGACUUUCUCUCUACUCGAUAUGACAACGAGCCUUGUCGAAUAAUGGCGAUUGAUUAUUUCCAAAAAGUCGAAAAACAAUGUUCACCGUAUGUGCAAAACAAACAAUACUAUCUCUAUACAUUACAGUGUUACGAACGCUUAGCGAUUCUCUAUCGAAACAACAACAAUCGAUCAUUCGACUAUUACGAGAAAAUGAUUCGAUUGUGCUUAAAAUACCACCCGGAUGAUUUAGGGAAUCUCACUAUCGGCUACGAAGGCUUAUUAAAAACUUAUCAACAACAAAGAAUGGAACCUUCUGAAUCUCUCUCAGUAUUGUUAUGCUCGGAUCACGAGGAAACAUCAGUAACAUCGAAUGAAACAUCGACGAGUGAUGUACUGUUUCAAAAUUUCAAGCCUUUACACUUUGCAUUUGAAUUCUAUGAGAAACAACUCGAUCCUCGAUUGAAAGCUGAACCAAAUCUACACAAGAAAAUUAUUUAUUGUCAUUUGAAAUUAGCUGCUCUCUAUUACGAUCAGAAUAAAAUUGACGAGGCAAAACAUUCGCUAUCACAAGCCAUUUCAUUCUGCCAACCAACAGAUAUGAAAAUUACUCAAAUAUGUGAUGAAAAUCUCUUUUUUAUUCAAAGAAAGUUCGACUUGAUCAUUCAGUCUUAUCUGGCUCGAUCCUUCAAUCCUGUUGACCAUUGUAUCGAUGAAGAUAAUUAUUGCUAUAUUGCACAUUUAUACACGAAAGCAAAUAAACUACAAUCUGCUGAACGAAUUUUACAAGAACCUUUAGAAAACUUUGAACAGUAUAAUUAUAUUUGCUCGCAUACAAUCUAUUGCUACACCAAAUUAGCCGACUUUUAUCAGCUUAACUACAAAGAUAUAGGUUCAACAAUUCGCACUUAUGAACGAGCAAUUCAAUUGUUUAAAAAGCAUCACCAAAAUCCAGUAAUAUUAAUUGUUGAAGAAUAUCUUAUUCCUCAUUUCAAACAAACGAAUGAUUUCGAUAUCAUCAUUGAUAUAUUCAAAAUUUUAUAUCAAAUCCUUCCAAAUGACACAACAGAUAUUUCCAUUCUAUACAAUCAAACGAAACGAAUUUGGAGAUUACUAAUAAAUAAAUUCGACGCAUACAAAUCGAUUUUGAAUUCUUACGAUGCUUUUCUUGAUUUAACUCUAAAAUCCAUAGGCUCGAUAACACCGCAAAUGACGAUGGUACUCGAUCAUUAUCGACCACAUUUUGUUAAUAUAUGCAUCAAUGCGAAUCUUUUACAUCUCGGAAUUAAAAUCUAUCAGCAACUGUUCAGUUUGCUAUUCAAGUAUUCAACAGAUAUGAUGAAAAUCAUCGAUUUGUAUCACCUUAUUGCAGGUGAGUUUGUAAAGAAAAAACUAUUCGAUGAAUCAAUCGAUGUUUACGAACAUUUGUUGGUUUUCUUGAAUCAACAUCCAACCACAGGUCAGUUCAUCGAAGUUGACAAAAUUGAUUUUGUCUUCUAUUUUUGGAAACAUCACAUUAUUUCCGAAUACCUUCUCGAAAAGAAAUACGAUGCGGCCAUCGAUUUGUAUUAUAGAAUGAUUUACAGCUUGGAAAACUAUCGGCUAAAUUUUCAUAUGACUUACUAUGAGUAUGAUUUUGCUUCCAAAUUGAUGCCAAUCUAUGACGAAAUCAGUUCGAUUCAAUACUUAAAAAACGAUGAGUUCCAUCAAAUAAUGCUCGUUUAUCAAGAAAAGGUUAACUUUUUGAUUAAAAAUCAAGUGGAAAAUGUUCAGACACAAAUUAAUACGAUUUUCACACAAUGUGAACACUACGCGACAGUUCAUCCGGAAAAAAAGAAGGAAAUCUAUACUGAACUUAGCGAUUUUAUACAAAAAAACCGCCUUGAUUACUUACCGUAUCUGUCGAGUCUCGAUGAUGCACUUACUCAAUUAAAAUCAUCGAAUUCACCUCGGCUGAUGUAUCUACAUCAGCAAAUCUGUAAUUAUAGACACAAAGCGAAAACUUAUCUCGAUGAAAAUCGACCUCACAAAGCAGAACAAGUUUAUCGCGAAGAGCUGUCACCGUUUCUUUUGGAAAACCAUGCACGCGACGAUGAACAAUUAACGAGAUGUUAUAUGAAAAUCGCAUCGUCUUGUUCUGUAGAUAAUCCUCAACAAGUAUUGAAAUAUUAUCAACAAGCGAUUGAUAUAUACGAGAAGCAAAGGAAUAGCUUUUACACGGAUGAAGCAUUUCAAUUAGAUGUAAAUGUUUGUCGACGAUAUGCGGGGAUGCUCUUUAUUUGUUAUAAUUGUUUAUCAAAGGCUUAUAUGUCAAUGAACGGGGAAAAUCUAGCAAAGGAUAUAAGACGAAAAGCAUUGGAUAUUUACGCGAAAUAUCAAGAUCAAUUUCAGUUCGUUAUUAACCUUAUGACGAAUGAAAUCAAAAUCGAAGUUCUUCCUUUUGUUGAAUUAAACUAUUAA